AUGCCUCUCUUCAUCGCCGUACACGGCGGUGCUGGUUAUCACGCCGCCGAGGAUCAGAAAGCAACGAAACAGGCGCUGAAGACUUCUGUUCGGACAGCGCUAGGAUCAAUCAAGACGACCGAUUCAGAAGUCUCGGGAAGCGAGAUAGUAAACGAUCAGCAAGUUGAUGCAGCAACGACAGAAACCGUCUCUGAUGUCUCUCUUUAUGCCGUCGAGACUGCCAUCCGCGUUCUUGAAGACGAUCCUAUACUGAAUGCCGGGUGUGGGUCAAACCUGACGGAACUGGGCACGGUCGAGUGCGAUGCUGCUAUAACGCUCGCGUAUGACUCGGCCGGGUCGAGCGCCGUGAAUGCCGAGUUCGGUAGCGUUGCUGCUGCACCAGGGAUCAAGAAUCCCAUAAGCGCAGCACGCGCAGUGCUACAGAAUGCACGGCGUGUCGAUGUGCUGGGAAGGGUACCGCCACUGACGCUGUGCGGACACGGUGCUCGAGAUUUCGCUCGGGCGCACGGGGCCCAAGUCGUGGCCGAUGACCAGCUUGUCAGCGACAGAGCGCGCGCGGACUGGGAGUACUGGUCCGCGCAACUACGAAGGGAAUCCUUAGUGGAGACGAUGCCUCAGACUGGAGGACCUGCGUCGCAAAGUUCGGACGCGCACCAGGAUACGGUGGGCGCUGUCUGCUUGCAUUUCCCCUCUUCUGGGGCUCCCAGUGCGGCGGCGGGCGUGUCAAGCAUCCGGGGCGUAUUGGGGAAGCGGCAGUCUACGGCGCAGGGUGCUGGGCGGGACCUAUCGCGACGUCCGACGCGCAAAGUGGAUCGACUCAGUGGUGGAUGGCGUGCAGCAUCUCUGGCAAGCAACACUCCAAUCUUUUCGUUCGUUAUCCUUCAAUUAUCCCUUGCAGGCACUGGUGAAGCCAUCAUACGCGCCAACCUCGCAAGGCGCAUCUCGGAAGAGCUUGACCGCGCUUGGGAUGCCCAGGGCCAGGGUCGCAUCGUCACGACCGGCUCGGAUGAAGAAGAUGAAGACAUCGACGUCAUCGACAAUGAACUGGACAUACAUCAGAUCUUGUACGACGUGCUGAAGAAAGAGUUUCGGCAUGGAGGGCAGGAGGUGGGCUGGGACGGGUGCGAUAAGCCGACGGUGGGCGUGCUGGUUAUAGUAGGGAAUGGGGAUACAGUGCGUUUGUAUAGUGCAUUCACCGCCGCGGGGAUGGCAAUCGCGUAUGCUAAAGAGGAUGUCGCGGAUAGACGGACAACCCCAGACUAUAUCCGGUACGAACCAGUCCUCGUGCAUGCGGGGAACUUCAUUGCCUCGUCGUCCCCACUAGCCCGCCUGUUCGCCAUCUUCAACGCCCGCCGACCCCCUUCAUGA